CUGAGCGUCUCUUCUUCUUCUUCCUGUCCCUCCCUCGCUCUCCUCUCCUCCUCGCCUCGCCUCGCCGCAGAUGUCCGCCUCCCUCCCCGGCAAUCGGGACCUCCCGUCGUCCCAGUAUGACCUGACCACCUACUGGGGCCGCGUGCGCCAUUCGGCCGAUCUGGCCGACCCGCGGACGCUGUUCGUCUCAUCCGCUGGAUUGGACCAGGCUAAGAAGCUGGUCUCUUCGUACAAGCAGAACCUCCUCCCCUCGAUGACGCCGGAUCUGUGGCACGCGAAGAAGGUGCUGGAUUCCACCCUACACCCGGACACCGGCGAGCCGGUCUUCCUCCCCUUCCGCAUGUCCGCCUAUGUCCUCUCCAACCUGGUCGUGACAGCUGGUAUGCUCACGCCGGGACUUCAGACUACCGGAACCCUCCUGUGGCAGAUCGCCAACCAGUCCCUCAACGUGGCGAUCAACAACGCCAACGCGAACAAAUCGACCCCGCUGUCCGUGUCGCAGAUCGCCAAGUCCUACAUGCUGGCGGUGUCCGCGUCGUGCUCCGUGGCGCUGGGUCUGAACGCCCUGGUACCCCGGCUGCGGGGUAUCGCGCCCAGCACGAGGGUGAUUCUGGGUCGGUUGGUGCCGUUCGCGGCGGUGUCGAGCGCCAGUGCGCUGAACGUGUUCCUCAUGCGCGGCGAGGAGAUCAGACGGGGUAUCGACGUGUACCCGGUGCUGUCGGAGGCGGAGAAGAAGAAGCGCGAGGAGACGGGCGAGCCGAUCGAGAGUCUGGGGAAGAGUAAGAAGGCGGCGACUAUUGCCGUUGGGGAGACGGCUAUCAGUCGUGUGCUGAACGCCACGCCCAUCAUGGUGGUUCCGCCGUUGGUGCUGGUCCGGCUAGAGAAGACGGCGUGGUUGAAGGCCCGGCCGCGCAUGAUUCUGCCUCUGAAUCUGGGGCUGGUGUUGACGACCUCGCUGUUUGCUCUGCCGUUGGCGCUGGCGGCGUUCCCGCAGAGACAGUCUAUCAGCGCGUCCAGCCUGGAGGAGGAGUUCUGGGAGAGGGGUGGCAAGGAUGGCCUGGUGGAGUUUAAUCGGGGCAUGUAGAUAUAGAUUUGGCCUUGGUGUUUUAGAACCCUGCAUAUUGUAGAGCAUUGUGCAUAUAGAAUU